AUGGGCUCAGGGAGGACGGUGAAGUUUGCCCUGUGCGAGGUGCUGCAGUUUGCAGGCCUGUGCGUGCCACUCUUCAUCGUCAUGCAGAGGUUUGCUGUCAUCGUUGCAAAGGUCAAAACAUCAGCACAACCCCCCGGAGACGGCAGCACUGCCUACUGGUUGAUCGUGGCCUCCUCUAUUGCCUAUGUGACCUCCACUGCCCUGCUGGUCUGGGUACCCCUGAAGUAUAUGGUCUUCAUGAAGAAGAAAUUUCUCAUAGGGAGGAAGAAGUGGAGGCCAGUGACCCUUGUUUAUGUGAUCCUAUCCACAUUACCCUGCUUUGCCUUUCUCAUUGCCAGCUCUGAGGUUCAGAUAAAUAACAACCUGAAACACGAUACAUUCACUGAGCUCCCCGUGUCACUAGUCCUCUUCUCGCUCAUCUGCAUUGACGUUGUGGAGAGGAUACGACACUGCAGGCUGACCGGCCAGGCUAAUGACACCGAAAGAGAUGCUGACAUCCCUUCCACUGUCCUCACACAUGUGGAACAAGUAGCACCAGUAACACCUAUCACUCCAGCUGUGCCAGGGCCAGCUGUGCACAGGCAAGGUGUGCCCACUCCUAUGCAACCAGGAGCAAACCAGCUCAAUGACAGGAGCCACAACGGAGCAGGAGCUCGACCAGAGACCAAUGGGACGCUACCGGGCAUACCAGGUAACAAUGGGAGGCCAUAUGGCAUGUCUGGAUUGAGUGAACCAUCAGGAAGCACCACACCGUACCACAUAUCUCCCUAUGCAUACACUGGGCCUCUGAGAUUCCUGUGCGCCACUGAUGCCCGUGCAGACGUGUUUGUGGACAGCUUUAUGUUCUGGAUGGAUACGGUGGAGAUGGUGAGAGUGGCAGGACAUCCUCUGGUCUACUACUCAGGCUGGGUGUUUCCCAUCUAUAUCUUCAGCUACCUAUCAUGCUUGCGUGUGGUGGUCAUGCCCCACAGCCCCCUGCUUUCCUCCCUAGGAGUAGCCCUGCAGGAUUUACCCUUCUUCUUUGUGCGCGUUGGCCUCAUUGCCUUCUUCGGCUUUGUUACGCCCAUCCUCUAUCUGAUGAAGAACUUGUUGGUCUCGCUGGCCUUCAUCUACUUCAACUUUAUGACCAAGUUGAAGGUCUUCAACACAGAGAGGAUGUUUUUUUGAGACCAGCAUUCAAGGGCAAACAAGCUUUUCCUUAUUUUCUGUCAUAUAUACAUUAAAUACUGUCACGACAGUGGGUGCUCAUUUUAAACAGCCAAAUUUGUAGAUGAUGGCUUCAGACUGCUCUAAACACUCUGUUUCAGACAGCUUUAUGUCUUCUAUGGCUCUCCAUGGCAUUAUAGAGAGUCCAUAUCACUUAUAUGAUCGUCUCAGGCACUUAGCUUUGCCUGUGAGCACAGAAGCCCCACCUACAUGCUGUUUAAACCUUUGGUUUAUAAAGGGCAGCCAAUCAAAAGGA